AUGUCUUCAAGAUUCUACAGAGAAUCCUUCGAGGAGUACCUGCAGUCCAAGUCCCCAGGGGCUUCGACGACCUUUGGUAAAGUUCCCCUUUCUCACGAUUUUGACCACGUGCUCCAAGGCCUCAGCAUAAGCUCACCUAACCAGCAGAUCACCGCUUCGCUGCCUCGAAACUUCCGCGACGCUCUCCGCAACGACUACCGCCCCAACGACAGCCGGGUCGGUAUCAUCGCCAAGCUGCCCCAGAAGCAACAACUACAGCACGCCGGAUCCGUCGUGCUCAGCCAGCCUCACGUCAACGACGGCGCAUUCGGACACCCUUGCCUCACCUUGGGCACCUCACCGGACGGACGUUUGGUCUUCUGCGCACAGAUGACCUCCUUCGGCGGUCGGGAUCUGCGUGAAAAGCAAGUAUACUCACCCUCGCGUGUCUGA